UUGUUCUUUCUUAUUUUCAGAGAUUUGCUCAUUGGAAAUGCAGUAACGACUCUUGACCAAUUAUUCAGAGGUGUUGGAGCCUUAAAUAGCUAUAAGUUAUCACAAUCAGAUCGGCGAAAGAAAGAUCAUUCGUCUGUGGAACUAAUUGAUUUACAACGGAUUCCUUCGUUAUCAUUCAUCGAUUUCAUUACUGCGGGAACACAGAUCCAUUUCUCAGUUGCAGUUGACUUUACUGCUUCGAAUGGUAACCCUCUUCAUCCAUCUUCAUUGCAUUAUAUUCAUCCUCACAAAUAUAAUCCUUAUAUGAAAGCUCUUUGUGCCAUUUCGAAUGUUAUUGGAAAAUACAAUAAGCAAGAUCGUAUUGCCGCGUUCGGAUUUGGUGCGCAAACGCCUCCGAAAUAUGAAUUAUCUCAUUUUUUUUAUAUGAAUGGUGAUUCUAAAGAUGCUCAUGUUGAUGGCGUCGAUGGUCUUUUGAGUGCUUAUCGUUCUUGCUUACUUACUGUUCGACCUUAUGCUCCUACAGAUUAUUCUGAAGUUAUAUAUCAUGUGUACAAAUUUGGUGCUGCAGUACAACGCCAGAGGGCAAGUAAUUAUUAUUUCAUUCUGCUUAUCGUCACUGAUGGUUAUGUAACUGAUCAAAAGAAAACUAUCGAUGCAGUAGUUAAAUGCUCAUAUUUACCGAUAUCAAUUAUUAUGGUUGGAGUUGGCAAACGAGAUUAUUUAUCAAUGCAGCAGUUAUUAAGUCCUUUACUCAAGUCUUCGGAUGGCCUUCCUUUAAAGCGCGAAAUCAUCACAUUCGUACCCUUUACAGAAGAUUUGUCUGACAAGGAUUUGGUUGCAAAAUUAUUGCUAAAUAUACCUCGGCAGUUUCUUUCUUGGGCUUCUCUCAGUGAAAAAAUUGUUGCGUUCAGUGAAUAA